GGGAAUCACUGUGGGAUGCAGGGGCUGAGUGGGACUGGUCACCUUCACUUACCUCACCUUUCCCUUGCAGUGAUCCGAGCCAAGGCCGUCUCUGCAAAAGAGGUGGAUUCGGGGAAUGAUAUAUACGGGAAUCCGAUCAAACGCAUCCAGUAUGAAAUCAAGCAGAUCAAGAUGUUCAAGGGCCCCGACCAGGACAUAGAGUUCAUCUACACGGCUCCGUCGACUGCUGUGUGCGGCCGGCUGCUGGACACCGGCGGGAAGAAGGAGUAUCUCAUCGCAGGCAAGUCGGAGGGCAAUGGCAAGAUGCACAUCACACUCUGCGACUUGGUCUCCACUUGGGACUCGCUGACCCCAACCCAGAAGAAGAGCCUAAACCAGCGGUACCAGAUGGGCUGCGAGUGCAAGAUCUCGCGCUGCCUCUCCAUCCCCUGCUUCGUCUCCUCCUCGGACGAGUGUCUUUGGACAGACUGGGCGAUGGAGAAGAACAACGUGGAUGGGCGGCAGGCGAAGCACUACGCCUGCAUCAAGAGGAGCGACGGCUCGUGUGCCUGGUACCGCGGCAUGGCCCCCCCCAAGCAAGAGUUUCUCGACAUCGAGGACCCCUAAGCCAAACGAGCGCAUUCCAGUAGCCAGUAGAAAAAACCUGCGAGAUGUUAGACUGGUCCAUGCUGAUAUCAAAUCCUGGAGACAGCAUGAAAAUCUGCUCGGCCGCGGGGGUCACCGGAGGCUGCCACGUGCAUGCGGGGGGCAGGGACCGGGACCCACUUUGUCGCAGGCACCUGGCAGCCCACGGCCACACUGGGCAACUUGGGCUUGUGCAGGGCCGAGCAGGGUGUGGGGACCCCCCUGUCAGGGUCAUGACUCCCCAGCCAUGCUUGGCCCUGCCCUGGCAGCUGUGAAGGAAUUGAGCCCUUUUGAGUGGCGGGAGCUGCCCCAGCUGCGUAGCAGGUCUACCAGUGCCCCCGCCGUGGGAGCCGCCCCCGCAGCUCUGGCCAGGCAGCCCUGCCCACCGCAGUGCCCAGAGACCCCCGCCUCCCUCCCCAUCCACUGCCCAUCCCCUCCCCUCGGGGUGUAGGAAGGGUAUCUCUCUGGGCAGGGGCUCCAGAGGGCUUUACCAUGUGGCAGAGCCCCAAGCUGAGUGCAAGGGGCUCCGGGCCUUUCACAGGGCCAGAGGACUCCCGUGCAGGUGCCUCGUCUGAAAAAGCUGGAAGGGCACGCUAGCAUGUCAGGGGUGACCCCCACAUGCACCCAGGCACUGCUGCUCCUCUCUCCACAUGUUCCUCUCUCCAGUGGGCUCUAUUCCCCUGCAACCUCCUGCAGAUCCUUCUGCAGCUGCCACCGCUGGAGAGGUUGAGACCCACUGGGCUUGGCAGGGAACCCUUGGCAGAGCACCAGGAGCCAGAGCUCUGGCUGCGCAGGCACGGGGUGUCCAUCCUUGCCUCGUGCAGCUUUGGGUUGCGCUGUGGCCCUCAGCACCACUGCAGCCAGGAGAGCUCCCUCCUCCAUGGUGUCGGAAAUGGAGCCUGGAACCGGCGGCAGGGCAGCUGCAGGAAAACCUGUCCCCUCCAGUGAACCCCCUGCACUCCUCGGCCCCACAUUCUCUGAGCCAUCCCCACGCUGCAGCGGUGCUGGCGUGUGCCGCAGAGCUGCCCCGCUGCGACGCCCGUGGCACUGGCACGUGCGCCCACGGCUUUGGGAGCGUGCCAGGAAUGCUCCCCGGGGCCCUGCAUCGGGGGCGUUUUCAUGCUGUGUGUCCCUGUAAGGUUUGAGAUGUCGUACUGGACCAGUCUGGGCAAUUGCAACAUAUUAAAGAGAAAAAUUAAAAAGAAAGAAAAAGAAAAAAAACCCCCCACCCAACCUUUACUCAGUCCCGACCGCGCAUCCCAGGCACUCUGUAUGGCUGUACCCGCUGUGCUCCUGUCGCUGCUGCUCCUCUGUCUUUGACUUCAAUAUCGCCAGUUGUUUUGCCGCCGG